CACGAAUCGCCAUUAAGCAAUAUUGAGCGCAUAUAUAUGCCAUCAUUCAAGUUCUCCAGGCUGUCACAUCUCACAUCUUCAUCUGCUUCGACUAAGUCGCUUCGAAUUUUGAUCCAACGCCGCUCUACGAUUGACUCUGAGAUACAAGCCGUCACGCCGAGCAAUCGCAGUCGAGGGUCCCCACCUAUCACCACACCCUGUUUUGCCCGACCAACCGACUCAUCCAUCCGACACUUCUGAUUGCGUAUUGCAGUAUGUCAGCCGCACCUGCUUCCGUUGAUGGAGUACCAUUAGGGAGGCAACCAGAAGAUCACAUCAAGGUGAUGGCCGGCAAAACACCAUCAAAGUUUACCGACCCCUGCAGAAGAGCAUCGGCGCUUUCGAUGAAAUGCUUGGAGGAUAACAGCUACGACAAAGCGAAGUGCGCAGAAGCUUUUCAGGUGUAUCGUGAUUGCAAAAAGACGUGGGUCGAGCAAAGGCGGAAGGACAGGAGGGAGGGCAGGCCUGGGGCCUGGGAUUGAAAGCAUUUCUUCAAUGAAUGAUCCGGCCUUGAAAUGCUCAUGUCUCCGGUCGCAACUUUCGGAAUCCGGCGCAUGGCGCAUUGGUCUGCCACUGGAAUGGCAGCGGGCAUCUAUGGUUGAGGUUGAGGCGCGAAGAGGGUAUGCUACAAGUUGGUAAUGGGGCAUGCAGACACUGCUAGGUGGACAGGAUUGUAGGGCACGCGGGGAAAUGAUCGUGGCGCGAGGAGGACAGUCAAAGCGACAUCACUCGUCAUCGCCAUCGCCAUCGUCUCCAUCUUGAUCCUCAUCGUCUUCCAGUCCCUCGUCUGCAUCCGUAGUGCCACGCGCGGCGCCCCUUCUUGACCGCUUACGAGGAGUUGCUUCU